UCGAACGAGUGCAAGAUUGCGAGGCAUAUCACUGGAUACCCCAUCUUCCCUCGGCCUUCCUCAAAAGCCCUCCAUUUCAUGCUCACUUAACCGCUAGAUUGGGAACCAAGCCUCAAGCCGCGCAUCCCCGCUCCGAUGUUGAACCUUGGUAUCCUGAUUUCGCCACAGGAUGAGGCCGAAGACUCCCUCGACCGGCCAUGCAAGCGACAACAUGGAGAGGGGGCUUACACAUCCCCAGAUACCUCAGGGGCUGCCGCCACUGGUGAUAUAAACCCGGAAGACAAGGAUCGCGGACCUGAACGAAUGGGACCGCCGCCAACCCCUCAAUGGGAUGUAAAGACGCCUCGUCCAGAUAUCUCGAUCGGCCUUAGUAAUGACGCUGUAGUCAAUGCACUCCAAUUGCAAGACCUUACGAGGAAAGGCGCCAAGAAUCUCCUUACAGCCUUGGCGGCACCCGACGCUCGAAAUGGCGGCAAACCCCUGCUUUGUUUGGGGUCCACCAAGCAAGAAGUGCAAGAAGGUGUAGAGCUUCCGAAAAGCCCCGUUCACAUAUGCCGGGGAUCACAGCGCAGAAAGUACAUGCAUGCGUGACGUUCCGGUUUUCUGACUCGUCUGGUUCCAACAAAAUAUUCAAAGAGCAUAUCCCACAUGUGCUUUCUCGAUACCGCUGGAAAGGGAAGUGGUGCAGCGCGGUAUUUGUAUAGAUCGUAGCGCAGAGAGCCAUCGCUAGCAGCGAAUCGCCGUUCUUCCAGGAAGAAUGAGAUACCGAGAAGGUUGUUCGCCAUCCGAGGAUAAAUCAAGAGGAUACGGACGAUUGCUAGACAUUGUCUGCAUUGUUGUGGCUGGG